CACCUCUUGCUCAAUUAAUAGAAAAAAAAUAAAUUAUAACAAAAAAGUGGGGAAAUAAAAUAGCAGAGAACAAAGAGACUCUGUUCUAAAAUUUUUUUAAAAUUAGACGGAUAAGACCUGCAACUUCUCUCCGUCAAACCAACCAACUCCUUCCUCUAAGAUUUUAGGUUUCAGUUUUCCUUACCUAAGAAAACUAUAUUCGGCCUCGAAAUUAGGGUUUUGUUGUUAUCUGGGCUUUUCUUUGUGCUACUAAGAGAUGGGUGGUGAGGAGGGAACAAGUAACGGUGACAGCACAGGAGUGGCAGUUCAGUGCUUGAAAAGUGAAGCAGUGGAUAAUGGUUUUUGGAUUAGGAUUGGGAAUGAUGGUGGUGAUGGGGGCUCAGGGCCCAGUGAGGGUUUGCGAACUUACAAGAGGCGAAAACUCACUAGGUGGAGUUCAGAGAAUAAAGUUCAAGAGGAAGGGAGAGGUUCUUUGGAAGCUAGUAAAUUGGCAGAAGAGACCACAAAAGAGCCAUCAGACUGUCUUCCUGAAAAACAUUCUUCUCUGGAUGGUUCGAAUGAUGUUUUACGCAAGCAGUGUAGAAAUGUAGUCCUUGAGCGCAUAUAUCAGUCAUUAAAUGAUAAAGAAGGUGGUAUUCAGGGUUGCAUCCGAGAUGCACUUAUGAUGACUGUUGAGGAAUUUGAUACUUGUGACAAAGAUGAGCACAAGUGCUCCUCACAAGCAAGGUGGAUGCCUAAUGGAAUUCAUGCUAAAGAGCAUGUAGAUUUCAGAUCUAAUGAAUCUUUGGACAAAUCUCAUCAUCCUGUCACUGAGAUGUGCCAGCGUGCUUUCCUUAAUAUUAUGCUUUCUGAAAAGUUCACCUUAUUGUGUAAGCUACUGGUUGAAAAUUUCAAAGAAAUGAAGGCUGACAACCUUUUAGGCUCAAGUCUCAUAAACAUGAGGAUGAAAGAUGGAGUUUAUGAACAUUCACCUUCACUUUUUUUUACGGAUAUUCAACUGGUGUGGAAAAAGCUUCAAGGAAUUGGUAAUGAUUUGAUUUCUCUUGCAAAGAGCCUCUCAGAUGUAUCUUUGACUUGCUUUAAUGAACAGUUCAGUACUCAGGAAUUUAAUUUUCAUCAUAAAUCAGAGAAAAUAGACACUUCUGGUGUAUACAGUGUCUGUACUUGUCGGCAUUGUGGGGGCAAAGCAAAUGGGAGGGAUUGUCUAGUAUGUGAUUCAUGCGAGGAAAUGUACCAUGUAUCCUGUAUUGAACCUGCUGUCAAAGAGAUUCCCCCAAAAAGUUGGUACUGUGUGAGCUGCAGAGCAGUAGGAGUGGUAUCUCCCCAUGAGAAUUGUGUAAUGUGUGAGAGGCUGAAUGCUCCCAGGACUGAUGGAAAGGGAACAUCAACAAUUGAAAAAAUAGUCUGCGAUUUUGAAGAGACUUCAAAUUGUACGAGGGAUGAUUUUUGUCAACCACCAGCAGGGAGUAAAAAUAUUUGUGUUUGUAAAAUUUGUGGAAGUGAGGUGGAAAAUGGUGAAAAGCUGAAGAUAUGUGACCAUGGUUUAUGCCCUUACAAGUAUUACCAUUUGAGGUGCUUGACAACUAACCUGUUAAAAUCAUAUGGUCCGCGUUGGUAUUGCCCUUCUUGUUUGUGUAGAGUUUGCCUAACUGAUAAAGAUGAUAAUGAGAUCCUUUUAUGCGAUGGUUGUGAUAAUGCAUAUCACAUGUAUUGCAUGACUCCACCACGCACUUCUGUGCCUAGAGGGAAAUGGUUCUGCAGACAAUGUGAUUUGAAAAUCAAGGAAAUUCGCAGGGCAAGGAGGGCAUAUGAGAAACAAGGAUAUAGAAUGAAAAAGAAAAUUGAAGCAGGUGAAAGAGCUUUUGAGAAUAUUGAGAAGAUACUGGAUGGGAAAUGUGAACCUGAAUUAUUUAAAGGUAGGGGACCAAUGGACAUACUUCUAACAGCAGCUUUAUAUGGAGAAAAGUUUUCUGGUGUUAGAAAUACAUGACUUUUUAAGAGGGGACUUGAUUAAAACAAUUCGUUGUUUUUGGGAGGAAUGAUUUUGAAGUUGUACGAGUAACUGGUGGCUAGAAUUUUGUUUGACCUCUUUAUGGAUGACUAAUCUCUUUAGUUAGGUUGUAAACUCCAGGUUUUGCUGACUUUUGGAUGCGGGAGUCGGUGCAACACUUGAUUCUGAAGGCUUGUGUAUUUGCUAUUUGGCAAUUCCAAAUACAUGACAUUUUGUUUAAGGAUCAGGAAAUCGUUAGAUCUGUUGUUGGAAAUGAUCAUUUUAACAGCAAGCACUCAAUAUUUUGCACAGUACUAAAUAUAUACAUAUUUCUGUGGGAGGUUAUCGGAAGCUAAUGUUUCUCAGUGAUGUAAAAUGAAGAAACUGCGUCUAUUUAUAGUGAUAGUAAAAGGACACUUUUCAUUUGUCA